UUGAUCAAAUAAUCGUGCUUCUUCUUUUAAAAUAAGAGCAUUUAAAAGUCAGUGGUCAAUGGUGGUGAGUUAAACUGAGCCGGACUGCCGCCUGGGCCUCCCAUUGGUUACCCGAGUCCAUCCGGGUACUGGGCGCGAGCUGGCCUAUGAGACUAACGCUACCAAUAUGGCGGAGGUAAGGAGGAAAGCUGGAAAGAAGUGUCAGAUUUAAAAUCCGUCUAUUUGACAUUUUCGAGGGACGGGUUUUAAUUUAGUAGAAAUAGAUAAUGUAAAGCAAUUUCUGUUUGUUGCAACGGGUUGUUUUUCCCACUCACAGGGCUGGAAAAUAGACUAUAGAAAAGUGUAUUUAUAGAGGGAUGUAACAGGGCUCGACAGGCCUUUUUGCUACCGCGUCCCGUUAGCUAACGCUAGCUGUCCGCUCAGAGCCGCGGCAAAAACACGGCCGACAAAACUGCGCUCGCUAAUUAUUAUUAUUUUUAUUGAAAUACUCGAGCUAAAAAACCGUGGACCGAUUUAAUUGAAUUAAAUGAGAUGUUAUUUGCGUGUUAAGGAGCCGUUUGUUCGCUGUGCAUAUGUAGGAAUUGUGAAAUACGGCUAUAUUUCGUGCAGUAAAGCUUUGUUUAUGUUUUUUUCCCCCCGCAUCUCGGACAUAAGCAGGUUUGCUCCGUUAGCAAAAAAAAAAACAACAACAACAAAAAACACAGCGUAAAUGCUAAGACAUGCUUCCCGAUAGACGUUGUCAUUGUGCUAAAGUCGAAUGGCUUCCCUUGGGAGUUCAAGCCCUGUUGGCUCUCUGUCCUCGGAGGAUCAUGACUUUGACCCGACAGCAGAGAUGCUGGUUCAUGAGUAUGAUGAUGAGCAGACUUUAGAAGAGGAAGAGGCGCAGGAAGGAGACAGGAAUUUCAGCGCCGAACUGGCGGAUCUGGAGAAGGAAGGGAAUAUGCCUCUGGAGGAACUGUUGGCUAUCUAUCGUUAUGAACCAUCAGUCAGCACGGCUGCAGGGUCGAGCAUGGACAGCUCCUCUGGUGAACUGGCUGAUGACCUUCCGGACAUGACCCUGGAUAAGGAAGAGAUAGCCAAGGAUCUGCUGUCAGGAGACUAUGAGGAAGAGACGCAGUCUUCAGCUGAUGAUCUGACCCCUUCUGUUACCUCCCAUGAAGCCACUGACUUCUUCCCAAGAACACUCAGAUCCAACACUACUUAUGACGGUGAUAAGGAGUCUGAGGGAGAGGAGGAUGCUCUUAGUCCAGAGGAUUCAAGGAAGGAAAUAAUGGUUGGAUCCCAGUACCAAGCAGAGGUUCCUGGGGGCCUGAGCUUCUACUCUGAUGACAAGGUGUUUGAAGAGGAGGAUCAGUUGCUCUGGUGUCCUGACGUGUUGUCGGAGAGGAAGGUGGAGGACUACCUCAGAAAGGCGCUGUCUCAGACUGCAGACAGUAGCAUAGAGAGCUCUACAUGUGGAGGACACAUACGAGACAAUGAACAGGCUUUGUAUGAGCUUGUGAAAUGUAACUACAGUACAUCUGAGGCCCUAUCGCAAUACUGCAGUAAUCCGAAAUCCUCAAAAGAAUCGCCACCAUGGUCUGAAGAAGAGUGUAGAAAUUUUGAGCAUGCGCUACAGAUUUAUGAAAAGAACUUCCAUCUAAUUCAGAAAAACAAGGUUCCAACGAGGACGGUGGCAGAGUGUGUAGCCUUUUAUUACAUGUGGAAAAAGUCUGAACGUUUUGACUAUUUUGUUCAGCAGAACCGGUUCGGGAAAAAGAAAUAUAGCAUUUACCCUGGUGUGACAGACCUGAUGGACCGGUUAGUGGACGAGGCAGAGGGUCUGGCAGUGGAUGGCUCUUCGUCCAUGUGCUCAGGUGGAGCAGGAGGGAGGAUGGAGGUGUCUGCCGGACAGCAGCUCGGCCUUCUCAACACAAUCACUGCCAGUGACCUCACAGCUCUGAGUAACAGCGUGGCAUCCGUGUGCAGUCAGGCUGAUGUGAGCUGCUUAGACUCGUCUUACUUCCCCCCUCUGGAGACAUUCCACCGUGGAGCGCUGACUCACGAUGAGGCUACUCUGGGCUACGGAGCAAGUGGCGACGCCAGCUGCCUUGGUGUCCUCGACUCGGCUCUGUAUCGGUCGGAGCUCAGCGUGUGCAGUGGCAAGGAGUGCGAGCGUCCCUCCAAACGCCUCCGGAUGGGCCUCGCCGACUCGUUCAUCAACGACACACACCGCAUCACGGGAGCCAAGAUGGCCGUGUCGCUCACAGACUUCAGCAGCAUAGCGAGCGGAGAUGCAAGCGCUUUCAUCAGCUCACACUCACGCCAUCACCAACACACUGCACUGCAGUCUGACUGACCCCAACACACACACAUACACACACCUCCCAACCUGUACAGAUCCACCCACAGACUGAACCUUAGUUUCUUUUCUAAUUAUGUAUAAAUCUACUUUUUUUGUGUAAUAUGACAUCAGUGAUGUCUUUAUUGUACAGAGCUACGAAAUCUUGAUUUCUCAAGAGUUUAAAUAGCCAUUUAUUUUUCUGAUUCUUUAGAUAAUAACGCUAUAUCAGCAUCGAUUUACAGUUCAACAUAAAUGCUGGAGGUAGAGAGCUGUGACCGUUGCUCUCUUAUCGUAUACCCAUCCCUGUAACUGAAGCCUUCAGUUUCAAUUUCCCGUGAAAAAGAAUUGUUGCCAGAAAACUGCAUUGACUUCUUUUUGUUUUGUAUCUUUUGUCAUUUGUAAGUUUAUUUUUUAUUCUAAAUUGGUACUGUUUUUGAUGUUUACACAAGCUGAGAGACAGAGGUUCGGCAAAUGUAGCAUUUUGUAUAUCAGGAAACUUUUUUUUCCUCUUAAAAUUGGGGAUUUGCAGCAAAACCACAUAUCUAUUACAAUGAAGAGCACUUCUUAUGAGUUAGCAAAUUUUGGCUUCCAUGUUUCCUUUUUGUUUUUUUCUUUUUGUUUAUUUUACUUUUGCUCUGCGAAUGCAUGCCAUGUGUCCUGCCUGUGUUUUUACGAAGCGUCAGCGUGCCAUUGGAUGUUAAUGUUUUGUAUGAAGAGAAUUGUGUAUUUGUCCAGUUUGUUGGUAGCUGUGAUUGUUCUAGUUUGGCUGGUUGUAAGUGUAUUUAAGCUUUAAAAAUUCACCCUUCAGUGUGCAACUUCACAUAUCAUCAGGGUUUUUUUGGGUUUGUUUUUUUUUUCACACAUGAACCGCUUGCUUGGAAGAAUGAGUAUUGAGGGUGCCAAUAUUAUUUCCUCUCCUAAGACUUCCAGGAAAAAGGCAGCUGACAAUUGGUACACCUUAUAACUAGGAUGUGUGUUGAACGAUGAGUGAGCAGAUCCACCCCUGCUGGUUUACUCAGUCUGACUUGUUUUAUGAGUUUUGGCCCCUUUGGGAUUAGAAGAAGAAUGUGGAAGUGUCAUUUUGACUUCGACCUCUGUUGUGCCCUAAAAUGAAAAUUUAUGAACUCCACCCCCUCCCCCUCCCAAGUUUGGUGACAGUAUUAUAUUAUACAUUUUCUGUUGUGAAUAUGCUACGUCAGGUAGCCCCAAAGCUAUCGGGCUCGCUGGAGGUUUAACCUCGAGCUUAAAAGCUUAUGGAUUCUUACAGUACAGACACCAGUCUGCUAUUACGGGUCACUCGUGGUUUCUGUAAACCUAAUUAUAGUCGAUGCUUUGAAAGUUAGUGUGAUUAUUUCAGUUCUUCAGAAUCAGACAUGGCACCUGAUGUACUGAAGAUACUCAGAUGCUUUGUCUUAUUUGUUCAGCUUGCUGAGCUGUAAAAAGUUCCCCUUUCUGCCAUUCUUAUUCUGCCAUUUUUGUAUACUGUACGCACUGAGCAGGUGGGACUUGUAUCUCCAAACAAGUGCUUUUUUUUUGUUCUGUGCAUCCAGAAUACAAAAUACUGUUGAAUACUUUUAGCCCUGAACACAUUUUAGAGAACGGCUGAUGCAAAAUAUAUAUAUAAAUAAGGUUCUUGUUUAUUAUGGCAAUAACAUGUAGAUAUGUACAGAUUGUUUAAUUGUUGUAUUUCUUCUAAUAUUCCUUAAAGAUAUUAUGCUCU